AUGAGAGGAAGAAAACUUUAUACGUCCGAAUAUCUUUCAAGAGACAUGCUUGACGAAGAAUUCUUAGCAGUAUUUCGACAGUUUCGUCUUUUUCAAUUAAUGCUUGGUUCCUGUCGUGUUGAUGCUCGAUACAGAUUCGUGACGGCACCUACACGCAACCAAAAAUUGUAUACUACAUUCAUCGUUACAAUUAUUUUUAUAUCAUACUUAACAUUUCUAUAUCAUGCUUUGAACAGAUACGAAAACUAUUUCUACAAAGUUACUUCAACAAAUGCAAUCGCCCACUUCUUAUUCUAUUUUUGCAGCAUCAUUCAAUCUAGAUUCUUUUUAAAUAAUGAAAAUGUUAAUUUCUAUAUCAAAUUAUCGCAAAUAGAUAAAGUUCUUAAAGCUCAUUACAGUAAAGUUAUAACAAAUGUCAUCCAUAGAAUGAAUUGGAUUACACUUUUUACCUUGUUCCUUGUUAUAUGUUUUGUAAUAUUUUUAUUCACCAAUAAAGUUGCGAUGUUCAUGGUUACAACGUUUGAGUAUGUGCUUCUCGCCGUACAAAGCGAUGGUCCCAAUCGCCUAAACUUAGUUAUUUUGGCCAUACUGACAACAACAGAUACUUUUGGGCUAUUACUUCUUUGCCUGCGCUGUGAGGCCUUAGAAAGGGAUGUAAAGGAAGUUAAACUAAUAUCCAUUAAAGUCAUGUCAGUCUACCAUACUGGAACCUUGAGGGACAAAGCCAAGAAGAUAUAUAGAGCAGUAGAAGACACAUUCCCCCGGUUCUCUGUUUACGACAUGUGGGAGCUGGACGCGAGACUUUUCAUCAGAGUGUGCAACGUGGUCACCGGGUUCUUUGUCACUUUGCUUCAAUUUACAUAUCUGUAA